AUGUCCAAGGUACCUGGCCAGGAGAAUAUGCCCCAGGGCUUGAAUGAGUCUUACUAUCGAGAGAGCGCCGUCGCACUUGGAAUGCCCAUGGAUGACGGAUCUCGUUCUCGUUCAAUGCCACCACCGACAUCUGCUGUCGUUCGUUAUCCCCGGUCCCCAUCAGUUUCGUCUUCUAGAUCCUCCUCUCGCUCAGAUCGAGGUAGAUCAUGCGCUCGCUCCUAUUGCAGUGUGUCUCGCGACAAUGAACACAGCCCUGAUUCGAUGAAUCAAACUCGCGGUGUAAUUCAAAACAAUUUCUCUCAAACGAAGGCAGGAAUUGGAGCUGGUAUUGUUGGAGCUGUCAUCGGAGGACUUGUCGCCAAGCAGGCUUCUGAAGCAGCAUUUCGCCACAAGCAAAAACAAAGUGGUCGCCCACGUCGCCACAGCUCUGAGACCAUACCUCGUAUGGCGUCUACUGUGCUCGGUGCUGUAGCCGAAGACUACAAGACUGGAAUUACCCAAAUGGCAAAGGGUAUCUUUUUGACGUUCAUGACUACGACCAUGUAUACGGCAGAGACCGGCAACAAGAUGGCCAGCACUCAAGACGACGUCGCAUUGAAGAAUCACAGUUCUAUCACUACCGAGACUAGUCCUCCUCAACUUGUUCACCAAGCACACGUCCUCAAAGACUAG